AUGGACACACGUGCUACGAAACAGCUGGCGCCAGAACCGGUGGAGACACCAGCUGUGCCUGAGGAUCAGAAUGUUAAUGAGACAGCAGAUGUGGUGGGGAAUUUGACACUGAAUGGUGGAGAUGCUGGAUUCGGUGGAGAGACAAACGAACAGGAUGAAGACAGCCAACCGGCAUCGGAGGCAGAAGGGAAGCAAAACAGUUUGGAAACAUCUGCUAAUCCUGCUGUGAAUGCAACCGAAGCUCCAGCUAGGCACCAGCGUAGGCAUAGGAACAGACAUCACUCGCCGAAGAAGAGGAAAGGCGGGAAACGAGGCAGAAGAGAUCACGAUGAAGAGGAUGGAGAGGAAGAGGGAGACGAAGAGGAUGGGGAGGAAAGAGAAGAGGAAGAGAAAGAGGAAGAAGGAGGACAUGAAGGGGAAGGAGGACAUGAAGGGGAAGAGGAAGAGGAAGGAGCAGAACAUGCAGAAGAAGGAGGAGGAGGAGGAGGAGAAAAACAGAAGGGAAACGGAAAUAACAACAGCACUUCUCUUGAUGCGGAAAAUGGUUUGACAACGUUCGGAAACGCAUCUCAGACAAAUGACAACAACGUCGACCACAGCAAGAACAACAAUGAUAGCUACCACAAAGACAUAGAGCCUUCGACGACAAGGAGUGACAAAGGAGAGCAGCAGGGGUCAGAAAAUGGUUCAAGCCCUGAUGAACAUUAUGGCGGUACCGGUCAACGAGGGGAGUUAGAUGAGGAAAAGAAUGAUGUUGAUGGUAGCGAUGAUUACGAGGGCAACGAUCACAGCUAUGAUGAUCAUGUCGGUGAUGAUGACGAUGGUAAAGGUAAGGAUAAGGAAGAUGACAGUAGUGCGGACAGUGGAGGUGAAGCUGACAGUGGUGAUGAUGCGAAUAAGGACAGUAGUGACGGUGGUGGUGAAAAUGGUGAAGGAGAGAAAGAAACAGCAGCAUUGACGACAGAAGAAUCUGGUCUAGUGAUACCAACGACGGCUUUCACGGAUGACGGCGAAGUCAAGGAUAAUACGACGGAGACGUCAUUGAACACAACGGAGGGUGCGACGAAGAUGGCCGCAGGCAUGACGGACACCGUGUCACAGCCGACAGAGGAUGGCAACAGCCCGAUCUCAGAAGAUUCUUCUACGCCAGCAGAAGCAGAGGAAACCGAAAAGGGGGAGGGGGAUGAGGGGGACGAAGACGGGGGCAGUGAAGAAGGGGACGGGGAGAAGGUAGAGGAGGAGGUGGGAGAGGCGGAUGGCAAGACGGAAACGAAGGAGCCGCGUGUCGAUUCUGACUCAGGGGCUGAGUCUGAUCUUCCACCUACGAAACUUGGUGAGGAAGGGUCGAGGGAAAAUUGGGACUCCGACAAUGACGGCUUUGAAAGCGAGGAAAAUGACAUGUCUGUUGGUACUGAACCUGCACCUACAACUGUAACAAUAGUUGCAGCUGCAGCAACGACUGCAGCUACUGUGAUGGCGUCGAAAACACCACCAGAGAACGCAGAGGAUAGGGACAGAGAGGGCUCAGCUAAUGACGGAGAAGUGGAAGAAGAGGAGAAGCUUCAAGAAGGGCCAGCUGCUGGCGGGCAGCAAUCCACCGAUUCAUCUGAGGUGAGCGAUGAGGAAGGGGAGAAGGAGGAGAAAGCGAUUUCAUUUGAUUCGGACAGUGAAGGCCAAAGCUUUGUCGACAAUCCCGAAUUGGAAGACAACGACAACAACAACAACAGCGAUAGUAGUAGUAAUACAGGUGACACCAACGAGCCGGGGACAGGUGAGAAUGAGAUGCCUCCUGCACAAACUACAUAUUAUCAACUGACACAGACAACGCCACCUACAGGUCAAAAUGGGAACACGAUGCAGAAGCCUGAAAAGGGUGAUGCCAGCGCUGGGAACACUGCCGACGCGAGUGGCACCAUGGACAACAAUGAUGGUUACGACGGCACGGAAAACAGCAAGACAUCUGAACAUUCUCACUCCAGGAGGAAAGGAGGCGCCCCCGGAAGACACAAGAAGAAGAAGGGCUCCGGUAAGACCGGAAGGAAGAAGAGAGGAUGGACGUACAAAAAACACGACAGUGACACGCCUGACCAGCGCGGGUUUCGCAGAUGA